AUGUCAAUCAUUAAUCAUGCAAUGUCAAUCAGAAGAAGCAACACUAAUACUUUCUUUCCAUUUCGAACACUUAAUUGCUCCAAUUCAAACCCAAACAACCGUUCCGUUGCUGCUGGUGGCUUCGGCGAUAAGACCAACAAACCUAACAAAAAGGGUUCGCAGUCGCAGCGAAACCAAAGGGAAUUAUCCACUAAACAAUCUCAGGCACCGCGUUUAACUUCAAAGCUUGAUGGCAAAUCCACAAACAUUUCUUCGGACAUUGAUUUUGAAGAACGCCUAAAAGCUGUUAGAAGGUCGGCGCUAGAGAAAAAGAAGGCAGAAGAGAAAGAAGAAUUCGGAGCUAUUGAUUAUGAGGCACCUAUUUCUUCAGACAACAAGACAAUUGGCUUUGGUACCAAGGUGGGAAUAGGUGUAGCUGUUGCUGUCUUUGGUCUGGUUUUUGCUUUAGGAGAUUUUCUUCCUUCCGGAAGUCCCAACGAAGACACUGCUGUGGUCAAUGAUAAGUUGUCAGAGAAAGAUAAGGCUGCUCUUCAGAGUAGGCUUAAGGAAUUUGAAGCGACAUUAAGUAACUCCCCAAGAGAUCCAACAGCUCUCGAAGGUGCUGCAGUAACAUUGGCAGAACUAGGGGAAUAUUCAAAAGCUGCUUCUCUACUCGAUGAUUUGGCGAAGGAAAAACCAAAUGAUGCUGAUGCUUUUCGUUUGCUUGGAGAAGUUAAGUAUGAGCUUAAAGAUUAUGAUGGGAGUGUUGCUGCAUAUAAAAGUUCAGCAAAGGUAUCUGAAGAUGUCAAUUUUGAAGUUCUGCGUGGCCUUACCAAUUCAUUACUUGCUGCUGAGAAGCCAGAUGAGGCUGUUCAAUUACUUUUGGCUUGUCGCGACCGUCUGAGCUCAAAAGACUUGAGCAACAAAGCUGAUAGAAGCCCAACAGACUCGCAGAAGCUGGAUCCAGUUCAAGUUGAAUUACUUCUAGGGAAAGCCUAUUCAGACUGGGGCCAUGUUGGUGAUGCUAUAGCUGUAUACGAUCAACUCAUAUCUACUCAUCCUGAUGACUUCCGUGGAUACUUAGCUAAGGGAAUCAUUUUAAAAGAAAACAAAAGCAUUGGAGAUGCAGAGAGGAUGUUCAUACAAGCUAGGUUCUUUGCACCUGGUAAAGCUAAAGCACUUGUGGAUCGUUAUUCAAGAUAA